AUGUGGGUACUGGAGCACAAAGCUCACCAUGUUAAAACUGGAACCUGUGAGGUGGUGGCUCUUCACAGAUGUUGUAAUAAGAACAAGAUAGAAGAAAGGUCACAGACAGUCAAGUGCUCCUGCUUUCCUGGGCAGGUAGCAGGUACCACCCGAGCAGCUCCUUCUUGUGUUGAUGCUUCAAUAGUGGAACAGAAAUGGUGGUGCCACAUGCAACCAUGUCUUGAAGGGGAGGAAUGUAAAGUUCUUCCAGAUCGGAAAGGAUGGAGCUGUUCCUCUGGAAAUAAAGUGAAAACAACUAGGGUAGGUAUAGUACCAGCAUCACUUGUUAUCAACAGAAAACUAACACACAGGCCCUAAGUAAACACUCAAAAGAAAAGAGCAUAGAAGAGUAAUGAGCUGUGGGUAGAGUGUUUUAUUGAGGUUGGAUUUCCUG